CACACAAGCAAUCGGCAUCCUAGGCGAGCUUGAGAACAGAUUACAGCCUUUAGUGGCGCUUUAGGCGCACUCAGCGCCCCGCUCACUACCCACCUUGAGAUUAUUGAAGUGCUCCGUGUGUUUGCACAUAUUUGCAACACCUCAGCUGUCAUCGCCGCCUCCGUCGCCGUUACCACGUGCUACCAGCUAGGCGGCUGGGCAAUGCAAACAUGGAUCAUGCGGUGAAAGCGACACGUGGCCGACCAUGGAAUACGCUGCGCUUCGAGAACGACGAACUGGAAUGCCUCUAUCAACGUUACACGCUCAAACUGCAGCGCUUCUCAGUGCUGGGAGUGGUUGCGUUGGUGGUGAUGUUGUGCGGUGUCAUGGCCGCGCUGUCAUUGGCCUACAAUAAUGCGCUCACCUUUCAUAAUAUUUUCAACUCCAUUGUGUGCCUGCUAUUUACAAUUAUCCUGAUUCUACUGCCAUGCCGCGUCAUCAAGGAUCAUCACUUGCCAAUUCUUUGCUAUGGUAUUCUGCUCUUUGCCGCCGUCAUUUGUUUUGUUUCGAUGCCGACACUGGGCAGUGUGUUUCCUGUGGACACAAAAGAGGUCAUGGCUGAGGGUGUGUGGCAAAUUGUCUUUGUCAUCUUUUUGGCAUAUGCCAUGAUGCCGCUACAAAUAUGGGAGGCAGUUUGUUUUGGUAUUAUUUUGCCAUCAGUGCAUAUUAGUUUAACGGUGUACAAAAUUAUUACGGAUUCAUUUCGUUACUUGGAAUAUAAUCAGCUUAUCGCCAACAUUGUAAUGUUUAUCGGUGUUAAUGUUGCCGGUUUGGUCGUAAAUAUUAUGAUGGAACGUGCCCAAAGACGUGCAUUCCUAGAUACACGUAACUGUAUUGCCGCCCGCUUGGAGAUUCAGGAUGAAAAUGAGAAACUGGAAAGACUUUUGUUGUCGGUUCUACCUCAGCAUGUUGCGAUGCAAAUGAAAAAUGAUAUACUCUCACCUGUUGCUGGCCAAUUUCACCGAAUCUACAUACAAAAACAUGAGAAUGUGAGUAUAUUGUUUGCCGAUAUUGUUGGCUUUACGGUACUGUCAUCGCAAUGCAGCGCACAGGAGUUGGUAAGGCUGUUGAAUGAACUGUUCGGGCGAUUCGAUCAAUUAGCGCAUGACAACCACUGCUUGCGCAUUAAAAUUCUCGGCGAUUGCUAUUACUGCGUUUCAGGUUUGCCCGAGCCACGCAAAGAUCACGCCAAGUGCACUGUCGAAAUGGGUCUGGACAUGAUCGAUGCCAUUGCCACUGUGGUAGAGGCCACCGAUGUGAUAUUGAAUAUGCGUGUGGGCAUACAUACAGGGCGCGUGCUUUGCGGUGUACUUGGCCUACGCAAAUGGCAAUUCGACGUUUGGUCCAACGAUGUGACAUUGGCCAAUCAUAUGGAAUCGGGCGGUGAACCGGGACGUGUGCACGUCACACGGGCUACACUCGAUGCUUUGUCUGGUGAAUACGAAGUGGAAGCAGGACAUGGCGAUCAACGUUCGUCGUAUUUGCGCGAUCAUGGCGUAGAUACGUAUUUCAUAGUGCCACCACCACAUCGGCGAAAGCCAUUAAUGCUAAAUACGCUUGGUGUACGCUCGGCCAUUGGUAGUCGUCGCAAAUUGUCAUUUCGUAAUGUCUCGAAUGUUGUGAUGCAAUUAUUGCAUACGAUUAAAUUCUCGGAGCCAGUACCUUUCUCCAACAUUGCCACCGGGUCGUUUCCCUCAUCGGCCGGCAGUGGUACAGGAGCGCGUGGCAGCACGGCCGAAGGUGCCGGCGGGGAUAAGAACACGCGUAAGGUUAUACGACUGCAAAAAAUUUUACACGCCCCCACACCACCCGGUGGCGGUGUUACAAUCUCAGUAGGAACUACUCCUAACUCCACGUCGAAUACGAUUAGUCGCAUUCACAGACUUAAUCAAAAUAAGAAUAAAUCAAAAGUAACGGACAAAUUUAAGCGUCCCUUCCGCAAACGGCACUCCUCAAUGCACUAUCAACCGACCAAUCGCGUCAAUCGCUUCCUCUCACAGGCGAUCAAUGCACGUUCCGUCGAUUGCGAUAAAUCUGAGCAUGUCGAUCGCAUUACUUUGCGUUUUCGCGAGAGUGACAAGGAGCGCGAGUAUCGUAAAGAUUUCGAUUUGGGUUUCACCACCGCCAUGGGUUGCUCGUUGUUGUUACUAAUCUUGGGUGCAGCACUACAAGUGUCAGCUUUACCUCGAACUCUUAUCCUUUUACUGCUAUUCUUGACCGCUUUUGUCUGGAUUAGCGCCAUCCUGAUGCUGCUGCUGGCGGUGCGUCUCAAAUGGAUUGUAUGGGAUUUGGCACGAAGUUUUACGCUACGUUUAGCUAUCACUAUAUUCACCAUAGUGCUGAUCUAUUCGGUGGGUCAAGUGAAUGUGUUCACUUGUGUUAUGGAUCAUCCCUGCGCUAGUAAUGUUACAACACAUACACCCACUUUGGAGGAAGACUUACUCAUAUUGGCCCAUCAUAGUGAGGCGCACCGAAAGUGCUCGCUGCCGCAAUAUGUUUCGCUAUCGGCCACUUUUGCAUUUUUGUCAGUUUCAGUAUUUUUACGAUUGCCAACAAUUUUCAAAUCCUUGCUGAUACUGCUGAUGGGAACCAUUUAUGGACUUUUUAUUGAAAUGUCUCAUAUAAAUAUUUUCAAUUGUUAUGACAGCAGAGUCAACUCAUCCAUUCCGCUCCAUUUGAUCUCAUUGGCACGUAUAAUAAUUUUUAUGAUUGCAAUAUUGGUGCAUGGACGUUUGGUUGAGUGGACAGCACGCCUGGAUUUCCUUUGGCAGUUGCAAGCCUCACAGGAGAAGAAGGAAAUGGAUGUUUUGCAGGAAUCAAAUAAGCGGAUUUUACAUAAUUUGCUGCCAGCUCAUGUGGCUGCACAUUUUCUCGAUAAUCAAUUUCGUAGUAAUAUGGAACUCUAUCAUCAAAGCUAUGCCAAAGUUGGUGUCAUAUUCGCAUCGGUGCCGAACUUCCAUGAGUUCUACACAGAAAUGGAUGGGUCGGAUCAGGGAUUGGAGUGCUUGCGGUUGCUGAACGAGAUAAUUGCCGAUUUCGAUGAGCUUCUGAAAGAGGAUCGUUUCCAUGGCAUUGAUAAAAUCAAAACUGUCGGCAGCACUUACAUGGCUGUUGUGGGCCUUAUACCCGAAUAUCGCAUCAAUGCCAAUGAUCCAAAUUCGGUGCGUCGCCACAUGACUGCUCUAGUUGAGUAUGUGAAAGCAAUGCGUCUAUCGCUGCAAGAAAUCAACAGUCACUCGUAUAACAAUUUUAUGUUACGUGUUGGCGUCAAUAUUGGACCUGUGGUGGCUGGUGUGAUUGGCGCGCGCAAACCACAAUACGACAUUUGGGGUAAUACCGUAAAUGUAGCGAGUCGCAUGGACUCCACCGGCAUACCAGGCUACACACAAGUGACGCAGGAAGUUGUAGACAGCUUGCAGGGUUCACAUUUCGAAUUUCGCUGUCGUGGCACUAUCAAGGUCAAAGGUAAAGGUGAUAUGGUCACAUACUUCCUGUGCGACUCCUCGAGCAAUGGGCUUAAUGGUGAGGUGCGCAAUGCUAUGAUUGCCAAUCGCGCUAUCACACAGAAUGGCAAUGGUUUUGCAACACAACAGCAACAGCAACAACAGCAGACUCAACCAAAUGGUUUGCCAUCAGCCAUGCAUGCACAUCCAGCAGAAUACUAUCAAAAGCAAUCACAGUUCCAGGAUAACAGUUACCAGUUGAACAUGAACAGUGAGACGUACAACAUCAAAAAGGAUAAUUACGGCUACAACAACAUAGACACAAACCAAAUUUUGCUGAAAACCUCACCCAAUGCACUGCAUGAGGAGCAACAACAAUUGCUAAUGCAUCAGCAACAGACGCCGCAACAACCAUAUCAACAUCAUUUAGCGCAACAACAACAACAGCGCUUGAAUAGUAAAUUGCAAAAGCAACCGAAUUUCAUCGCCAACGGUGGUUUGCCGAAUAUACGCGAAAAUUGUCAUAACGGCGAACACAAUGGCAGUAAUGGCGGCAGCAAUGGCGUUGGUGGUUAUGCCUACAAUGGCUACCAUCCGGCGCCACAACUAGCACAACAAGCACAGCAGCAACAACAGCAGCAGCAGUACAACAAUAACUAUGCACAUCAUCAACGAUCACAUUCCUCCAGUUCGAUGGGUGGCGGUAGCAUUGGCGUUAUGGGUGUGAUCACAAUGGCAGCGUCAUCUUCCCCAGCCCUACCCACACAACAACAAGUUCAACCAGUUUCAGCACAAGCCACCCCCUCCAUGGUAAUGUUGCGCGAACAAUUUAAUAUAAUUGAAAAUCCCGGUGGUAAUCGGCUUGAGUACAUUAAUCAUGACCCCUACGCACAGGUGGAGAGCUAUAACAAUUUAUUUGGUAAUGGUAAUGGUGGUGGUGGUGGUGUAAGCGCUGGUGGUAGGCGUGAACCGCAUGCCGCACGCAAUUACCACCAUUUGCAUCACAAUCAACAGCAUUCGUCGUCGUACAGCACGAAUAGUAACUGUAUGAAUUAUAAUAAUUGCCGUGAAAGUGAACCAUUGUUGCAUGCCGCACCAAUUGCCAAGAUAUUGCCAAUGCAACAAUUUCCACCUAAAUAUGAACCUCCACGAUACACAUGUCCCAAUACCAUAAUGCUGCAACAGCAGCAACAUUUACAACAACAAUUGCAACUGCAACAUCAUCAUCAUCAUCAGCAGCAAUUGCAUCAACAAUAUCCACUAUACUCCCAACAUCCUCAACCGCCAUUACCAGUUCCACCACCCAAACCCUCAAAUCUAACUGCAUCCUCAUUAGCCACAGCCUCAGUGUCAGCCUCAGCCUCAGCAUCACUGAAUCAGAAUACACCUCUCUUACGCACUACCUACAUGAAGCCUCUGCCGAAAUUGCCGACCGAAAUCGAAGAGAACCGUGAGAUGUCUUCCACCGAUGAUCUCAGUUCACGUCCACAUUCGCCAUCCAUGAGUUCCUCAGAUGAAAGUUACUCGAAGACUACCGAGGGUGAGGGUGACGAAGACUCACCACGCAUUACAGCAAUGGGUAACCAUAAUCAUCAUCAGCGUAACGGUGCUAAUCCUUUACAGUGGCUAUAUCCAUGCGACAUUCAAGUGGAUCCCACAUCGCCCGUGGUUGACAUGUCAAAUCUAAAAGAUUUCGAAGUGAGCUCGACAACCGAGAGUCAAGGUCAACAAACGAAUACCACACACAAUAAAGGCGAUUCCUGCAAUAGUUUUGAGUAUCAAGAUCGCGUUUUACUUGCCGCCAACAAAAAGCAAUCCAGUAAUGGUGGCGGUGGCGGUGGCGGUAGUAGCAAUGGCGCCAAUGGUGGUGGGGGCAAUGGCGGUGGUUCCACAUCCGCCAGCAAUUCGGCGAAAUCGCCAUUCGAGAGGGAACUGCAAAGACUUUUGAAUGAAUCAUCACGUGCGCGUGCACUUGCCGCCACCUCCUCGUCCGGCGGCAACAUUACAUCCGCUUCGAACUCCAACACUAAUCCCGAAGGCAACACGACAAGCAACAGCAGCAGUCGCAACAAUAUUGAAUUAAGCUACUCGGCGAGCAACAGUAAAUUAAGCUCAAAUAAUGGACUAGCAGCCGGGGGAAGCGGUAGCAAUGGAAACCUUAGCGGCAGCAAUUCGAUGAGUGGCAACAACAACCAAAAGUCGUUGACCACAACAAUAUUGGAUGAGCUGACUUCGCCGACAACGGGCCGUCAACCGUCCAAAAUACCAAUUAGCACGAGUUUUAUGAUCGCUAAACAUCCUGUUGGUUUGGAGGCCAUAAAGGAGAUAACGCGUAAUAAAAAUCCAUCAGAAUCAAGCCAAAUGCAAACUUCCGAUACAGAAUCCUGUGAAAUUUUACACGAGAACUGUAAUCAAUUAAAUUUGAAUAUACUAGACGCAGUCAACAACCAGUCAUCCACAUCAACGGGCACAAACUAUCGCGACUCAAAUCAACCGCAGCAGCAAGCAAAGGAUCACAACUACCGACAUCGCCAACGACCGCGUUCCAAAGAGCUCGACCAAAGUCGUGAAAGUCUUGAUCAACUGGCCGAUGGGAGCGAGCAGCAGCAACCUCAGCGGCAUGUGCGUCACCAUCAUCAUCACCAUCAUCACCACCAUCAACGGCCACGUGUGAAUCAUACAGCAGCGUUGAGUAACGACACCGAACGUGAUGAUACCGAAGAUAAUUUAGCCGAUGAGGAAUUCGAAGAUGAUGAGGUGGGACGUGAUGUGCGAAAAAAACGUUUGGUGACAAUUUCGACGGAGGAACAGCAUGCCAAUAAGGUGAGCGCUGGUGUCAAUUGUUACGAAGAUGAUGAAGACGAACACGAAGGCAGUGCAUAUAACCAUAAACAUGACGAUCAUGCGGACUAUGAAGAUGACUAUGAUGAAGAGCGGCAUGUCGAAAUGAAUGUGAUAAACGAUGAACUUAAAUACGGUGCAGGACAUCACAAUCACCAGUCGAUGGACUCGAAUCCUUUGGAAAGUCAAUCAGAAUGGUCGGACGAUGAUUGCCGCGAAGAGGCUACAGGUGGCGCCGAAUCAACGGGCUACAUAACCGACGAACCGGGUUUGGAAAAUAUCUCAUUACUAAACGAAGCCGGUCUCACAGAUGCUGAAGGUGCUCUAUCCGAUGUCAAUUCACUUUACAAUGCACCCGAUGUGGAUGAUACAUCGGUGUCGAGUCGUGCCAGUUCACGAUUGCUCAGCUUAGAUUCGCUGAGUGGCCUGUACGAUUGUGAUUUGGAUUCAAAACAUGAAAUGGCAAUCGUGAAUGUUUCGCACAAAAUCACCAGCAAAUUUGGACCACAGCAGCAAAGUUAAUUGCAUCGGCAGUUACAGGUGUUAAACGACUCAAAAUCGAGAGGAGUAACUAAAUCCAAUUACAAUACAUAGUACUAGUACACACACACACACCCAUAUAUGCAUAUACACAUUUAAUAUUGAGGUAAGAAUGGUGUACAAUGUUAUUUUUCGGUGAAUAUACUGUAGCCCUAUCCCAUGAUGUAUGUAUGUAUGUAUGAAACUAUCUACAUAAAUAAGUAUUGGAAGGUUUUAGUAAGGAAUAAGAAGAAUAAGAAGAAGAAAAAUUAAAGAGGUACUGAUACUAAUGACUUAAAAGUGAAUAUACAUAAAGUGUACAGUUGAAGUAAGAUAGGAUGAAGGAAAAAUUGGUGCCUCCGUUACAGUUAAUACGAGUAUAAAGCAAAAACAAAACACAAAAAAGAGAAAAGAUAUUAUAGAUUGAUAUGUGAGAAUGAAAGCACAACAAGCAAAUGAUGUUGAAAUUUAGAAUUUAGCAGCAGGUGCGUAAGAAAGAUACUUACAAACAUGAAAUUUGGUAUGUAGAGUUGCCAAAGCUCUUUGUUUGCCUACAAAUAUAUGUUAAGCGUAAAAUAAGUAUUAAUUGUAUGUAUAUUUAUGUAGAUAUAAACAUGAAAUUGUAUUGUGUGUAAAAAAUACAUUGCGUAAACGCACCUAUCAAAUAA